AAGAAAAAUUUCCCUAAUUGUCUUCUUUUUGGUUUGGUUAGAUGAAUGAAUUAGGCUUGCUAAUGAAUGAAUUUUAAUUAAUCGCGUAUCCUGUGUGCUUUAUGAGUGAUGGCGACAGCAUAUGACGUAUAUAAAAAAAAACGACACAGAUUUCCUUCUGUUAGGAGACAGAGAUGUGGUGUUGGUCAGUUAUGUACUGUCUUUCUGAAGUUAUUUUUACAGGAUUGACUGCAAGUUGUAACUGAUUAAAGUAUUAAGUAGACGAAGUCCAAAAAAAAAAAAUCACGAGUAGUUAAAUGUUAACUAGGUUAAAUUAAAGGGACCAUUGAUGCCAGCACGAAGUAUGUAUGUUAUACACACUGACAAUAUUGAAAUGCGUCAUGAUGUCAAGUUUUGUGCAUCCGAAAAUGAAACGUGCAGCUGACUCGGCGAUAUAGCACUCGUCUCAUGUAUCAGGUGACACAGCGAUAUCCAAAUCGGUUGACAUCAUCAAUCGGUUGACAUUCAUCAAUGAGAGGGUCAUGUUGUACGAAUCUUUUUUUUGACUAAGAUAAAGGCCGAUUUACGGGAAGCAGCAGUGUGAAUUCUGUUUAAAAAGAAUUCCUUUGAUGAUAUGGAUGGCAACAUCAUCACCGACACGGCAUUUGCAGACGAACGUAUUCGACAUAUUUUCGUCAGAUAUGAAAAUCUCUAUGAGAACAGGAAAGUCAAUUCCCACAUAGCUUAGUAAAAAAUCCAUAGAGUGAGCUUUACGUUUGAAACUUUAGAUAAUAUAUUGCAAAAAAAGGGGUAAUUUGUCAUUACUGAAACGCCUUAAAGUAAUGCUGGAUCGACGCUUGUAGUUUCCUCACUUAAGAGGACUAAUGCUUGUUAUUAGUAAUAUUAGAUUUAGGGCGACGUUUUGGAAGAUUUAAGUGUUUGGGAUGGGCGAGAUAAGAUUUCGAUUUAGCUAAAAACUUGACGCUCUUGUUGGUGAAAACUUGUUGACAUUAUCAGAAAUUUGUCCAUUUCAGAAAAAUUGAACGGCUGAUGUAUUUUUAGUUUGUUUUUAGUCUGUUUGGUUAUUUCGAUUUAUAGGCAGUCAAAUUGUGGCAAACAUUAAAGAAAAUUUUAAAAAACAAUUAUGCUACUAAAUAAACGUUGGAAGCCGGUUUUACUAAAUGAAAGAAACACUGUGUUUGAUGGUGACUAUAACGAUCUGCGGUUAUUGCUGUGCAGUUCUUGCAACAUCCGAAAUCUUAAGCUGUCUCAAGAAUGGUGUGGUUCAAUUUUUACUUCUCGGGAGAUCAUGGAUGCUUUAAGGAAAUAUCAGAAAACCGUGGGCAAGAAUAAAUGUGCAUUUCAGAUUAAAAAGGACUCUGUACUGUCGGCGAAUGUGGCAGCUGAUCUAAUACUGCCUGAUAGUACACAAAUGCAACUAACAAUGAUACCUUCAGAUAAUGAUAGUAAUGUAAUAUUUCUCCUAGAAGAUCAGUUUAUUAGUAUACUUACAAACAGUCCUCUCAACAAUUUGGAUGCAUUUGUCAACAAUAAUUGGUUACGCAUGGCCCUUAGAAAAGGCGUGGACGUUCUUUACAUCGAUGACUCAAUAUUUUUUGAGAGUAGUGCGGAUUUAUACCACCCAACGGAAUUUCAACUGAGAGCUCUCGUGGACUUAAUUCGGCCGCGUUUCAUAUAUGGUUUGAGCGGUAAGCCGCUGCCCGAGCACAUUUAUUUAGUUGCCUACAAGUAGACUUUUGCCAUUGAUUGAAAAAAGAAGACAUAAAUGUACACUUUUGCCUUUAAUUCUCAUAUAUUUAGUAAAAACUUAUUUCCUAAACUAAAUUAU